UCGAAAAGAAACACCGGAAGAGUGCUAGUGAAGGGUCGUAAACAUGGCGUCGGACCAGGACGACUUGAUCAAUGAGAAUCUUAUCGAAAGCUUUCGGCCGAGGCUCCGAGUGUACGUCGCAGUGGAGCCGGUUAUGGACCAUCUCCAUUUCCUCGAAGCCGAGCUGAAGGAACGCGUCCGACAAAAGGCCAGGACCGACGGCAACUCGGCGGCGGUGGACGUCCUGGUCGACGCCGUCCUCCGCAAGCCGCACCCGGAAGGCUGGUUCCAAGGCUUCGUGGACGCCUUGUCCAACGCCGAAUGCAAACAAGCGGCCGACUACAUGCGGGGAAAGCUGCCCGACGCCGACGUGGAAGCUGAAAACGACAACUGUAUGCGAAUGAUGGACAUCCUGGUGCCCAGUCUCGUGGGCAUGAACACUAAAGAGUUGUGCGUGCAAUGUUUUGCGCACAAGCUCAUCACCAGGGAUGACCAAGACAAAAUCCUUCACUUAGCAGAUCAUCAAGGACUCAGAGACGCAGCUCGUGAACUGCUGAAAAGAAUCAUGAGGUGUCCUCCUGGAUGGUACUCUAAAUUUCGACAAAUUCUGCUUGAUACUGAGCACAAGGACUUGUAUAAACUGUUGGGAGGCUCCUCUGACCGCAAUACCACAGAUGAGACUAAAAGAAGUGACCGAGUGAAGGAGACUCCAGGAAGUUCUACUUGUCUUCAGCAUUUGAACCACAAGGACACUGGGGACGACACCAUGGACCGGUGCCAGGGUGAACGCUCGCGAGAUGCCGCCAUACAAGAGUCAAGCAGCAGUUUAGAGCAGUUACCACCAGAACUGUGUGACUCGGGCGCAGCUGCUGGAGUCCCAGAUAAAGUUGAUAUUGUUCUCCGAGACUAUCAGAUGGACGUGGCUAAACCUGCCUUGGAGGGGAAAAACAUCAUCAUAUGCCUCCCGACUGGAAGUGGUAAAACCAGAGUAGCGGUUUAUAUUACCCGUGAACAUCUGGACCACAGGAGGGCAGAGGGGAAACCCGGCAAAGUGGUCAUCCUGGUGAACACGGUUCCCCUUGUUGAGCAGCAUUAUGCCACAGAGUUCCAUCGCUUUCUGAAGCAUGCCUAUAAAGUGGAAAGAGUCAGUGGAAAGUCCAUGCUCAAAAUCUCUUUCGCAGAGAUCAUGAAGAAAAACGACGUCAUCAUUUGCACAGCCCAGAUUCUGGAAAAUUACUUGGAGAGGUCCGUCAAAGGAGAGGAUGAGGGAGUGCAUCUAAAGGAUAUCACCCUGAUUAUAAUAGACGAGUGCCAUCACACUAACAAGGGUGAAGUUUAUAAUCAGUUGAUGAUGCGUUACCUGAGGCAGAAGAACAAGAACAAGAUGUUGAAGAAGGAGCAGAAGGAGGCAGUCCCGCUACCUCAGAUUCUAGGCCUGACUGCCUCACUGGGGGUAGGCGACGCCACAAAACUCAAUGCAGCGGAGAAAAACAUUUUGCAGAUUUGUGCCAAUUUAGAUGCUUCCCAAAUCCGGACUGGGAACCUCGGGGAUUAUAGCAAUGAACCAGACAAACAAAUCGUUCUUGUUGAGGACAAAGAAAAGGACCCGUUUGGUGACGUAAUCAAGAGAAUCAUGGACUGUAUUCAAAUUUAUGCCAAUCUGAGCCCUACUUGUGAGCUUGGCUCUCAGAACUAUGAACAGUGGGCGGUUCAAUCCGAGCAACAAGCUGCCAAAGAGGAAGCUCAGGAAGUGCGGGUUUGCGUGGAGCACCUUCGAUGGUACAACGAUGCCCUGAUAAUCAGCAACACCAUUCGCAUGUGUGAUGCCUUCAGUUUCUUGAAUAAAUACCACGAGGAAGAGUUGAAGAGUAAAACGAGCCCUGACGAGGAGCACGCCAUAAACAUCACCGAUACUGAGAGAGUCCUCUUCAAUUUAUUCCAUGACAACAAAGAGGAGCUUCACAAGCUUUCUGAGAACCAAUCCAAUGAAAAUGACAGCCUGUCAAAACUACGACAAAGUAUUCUGUACCAGUUCACCACCAGGGACGAGGCCAGGGGUAUCAUUUUCACCAAAACCAGACGCAGCGCCAUCGCUCUCAGUCACUGGAUUCAGAAGAACUCCAAGUUUGCCGACGUUGGCGUGAAUGUUGCGUAUGUCAUCGGAGGCGGAGACCAGAGUGUUGUCAAACCAAUGACCCCUGCAGCGCAAAAGGAUGUUUUGAACAGAUUCCGCAGUGGCGCUGUCAACUUGCUGGUUGCCACCUCUGUUGCACAGGAAGGUUUGGACAUACCGGCAUGCAACUUUGUCAUCUGCUACGGCCUUGUGACCAAUGAGAUUGCUAUGAUACAGGCUCAAGGCAGAGCUCGAGCUAAGGAAAGCAGUUACAUCGUGAUUGAGGUGAAAGGCUCUGGGGUGACUGAGAAGGAGAGUGUCAAUGAGUACCGCAAGGACUUAAUGACCAAAGCCAUUGCCAGAAUCCGAGCCUUAGAUCCUGCAGUAUAUAUCAACAGGAUCGAAGAAUUUCAAAUUCAGGCUAUUAUUGAGGACAAAUUGAGAAAGACACACAAGAAAAACACAAAGCCUGAGGAUCCGUCAGAGGUGAAGUUAAGUUGCCGACAUUGCAGCAAGGUUGUCUGCACUUGUGAUGACAUCCAGAUCAUUGGAGACAUGCACCAUGUCAACGUUUCAUCAGAGUUUAGUGAACUUUUCAUUCAGAAAGAAAACACUUCUCUUCAAGAGCGUCUUCUUGACUAUGAAACUAAUGGCUCCAUAGCAUGCAAGGACUGUGGACAGAAUCCUGUUCACAUUCAUCUUUGUGCUGCAGAAAUGGGGUACGAUGAUGAUGUACCGAGGAAUCGAGUGCCCCUGCCUGAUUGUGAAGAACUUCGUUGUGACAAUCAAGGAAAAGAAGUUCAGCAGUUACACCAAGUGGCGGGAGCUCCCCACCACGUUCCAGUCGUUCGACUACAUUGAGCACGCCAGUCGAUUGGCUUACUGUUCAGAUGAUGAAGACACUUGAGUGAUUCGCAGCAGUUCAGCACAUUUUUAGUCAUGAAACAAUACACUAAUCAAAUUGCUAAAUGGGAUUCCUUCGCUCAAAUUGCUUUUGUUUUCAGGUUAUCGGGGUUAUAUACAUAAUUACAUAACAUUUCAGAAUAUUUUUUGAAUGUAAAUAGUCUCACUAUUCAAACAAGUAUGCCUUUUAUGAAAGGAGAUGCUAUCAGUUUCAUAAAUGUGAUGCUCAAAUGACUUUUUGCCGUUAUUUAAUAUUAAACUGAAAAAAAAUAUCACAACUGGAUUUUUGCCAUUCUUAGAUUUAACUAACUGAAAGCUGAUAGCAUUUAAAGUCAGCGGUCCAAUCACAAUCUGGACAUGAAGCGAAAUGGCAAACUUGUAAACAAUGACAGCCCCUGAAGAGAUGAUCAUUGAUGCUGCCAUUUUGCAGUUUUAUCAGACCAGUACAUCCUGUCUUCUUUUGGGCAAGGUCACUCACUGAAUGGCUUUCUUCGUGAAAAGUAAAUGUGUGAAGUGUCAUGAAUGUAAUAGAGAGGCUUUGUCCGAUCAAAUGUUUAAGCGCCAGCCUUUCUCCAAACGGCGUCUGUUGACUGCCUCUAUUGUGAAAGCAAAACUGCUGGCAUGUCAUGUUCAUAAUCAUGUGCUCCAGCCAGGAAAAGUUUCAACAUUUGGUUUACAAUAGACUUCCUUCAUUCAUCCACAAUCUCAGUAAUCUUGUAACCUUUCACAUCACCGAGUCAAAAUCAACUAAAACAAAUAA